UCAUGAUGUCAUCAUCUUUCUCAGAGACUGAUCUUCACGCUGUGAUCAGGAAGGGGAAUCUCCUGAAGGACGUCCACAUGAGAUACAUCCUGCACCAACUGCUGAAGGCCACAAAGUUCCUGCACUCCGGGAAUGUCAUCCACCGAGACCAGAAGCCCUCUAAUAUCCUGCUGGAUGCGGACUGUUUGGUGAAGCUGUGUGACUUCGGCCUGGCGCGCUCCCUGUACCAAAUCCAGGAGGAUUCUGGGAAUCCAGCUCUCACAGAGUACGUCGCCACACGCUGGUACCGUGCUCCAGAGAUCUUACUGGCAUCUCACAGGUAUACCAAGGGCGUGGAUAUGUGGAGCAUCGGCUGUAUCCUGGCAGAGAUGCUGCUGGGCAAACCACUCUUCCCGGGCACCUCCACCAUCAACCAGAUAGAGCGCAUCAUGAAUGUCAUCCCCGCACCAACACAAGAAGACGUCUUGGCUAUAAGGUCGGACUAUGGCGCGUCGGUGAUUGGACGGAUGAAUGCGCGUCAGAGGAUUCCUCUGCUGGAGCUGCUGCCCCCAAGUUGUCCCCCAGAAGCCAUUGACUUGCUGAGUAAACUCCUUGUCUUCAACCCUGACAAGAGGCUGACGGCAGAGGAGGCGCUAGAGCACCCAUAUGUGCGCAGGUUUCACUCUGUGGCCCGGGAGCCGGCCCUGGAUUAUGAUGUCAUUCUCCCAUUGGAUGACGACAUUCAGCUGUCCGUGGCCGAGUACAGGAACAAGUUGUAUGAGAUGAUUCUUGAGAGAAAAACAAACACUCGGAGACAGAAGAGAGAGACCCGUAAGGAGAACGCCAAACCUUCAACCAAAACUUCACCGGACGCAGAGGAGAAGGACACAGCGCCCCCUGGAGCCCACACCUGCCACGUCCCAGGGGCAACUGGUGAACCCACCCCAAAAGCUGACAGCUGUGCCCAGAACACCCAGCAGAGCACCCCGAAACCCAAGUCUCCUGCCUAUAACCUCAUCAACCACAGUGUUACUCAGGCGGGGUUCACCCAUUGGCGAGGAGCUGCCCAGCAGAAGAAAGUGGGAAGUCAGCAAAGCCAUGAGCCCCCCGUCUCCUCUGGGGCAACACAGGCGGUCAGUAAAGGUGUGGAACCACGAGGAAAGACCGCGCCUGUUACAAGAACCCGCUCAUUCUCACUCACACAGCAAGCGAGGGCGGCCGCUCCCAACAACCCUCUGACACGGAAGGACACGAUACCUAGCACAACAGUGAGCGUUGCCGCUGUCAGCGCCAGACUGAACCAGCGCUCUCCCACAGUGCAGACUCGGGACGUGAGAUCCGUUCACAAGUUAAGUAAGAAGAUGUUUCAGGGGGUGUCCAAUGUGAGCACGACGGGUGACCCCAAAGCUUCGCUGCACAGUUACACCCAGGCCUAUGGGACCAUCAGUAAAUCAGCGCUGCAGAACCUGAGCCUACAGAAUGCCUCGCCGACCAACAAAUGACUGACACUGGCGAGGAAUCCUCUGGAGUAAACCAUUGUCUGGCCCCAUCAUGCAGGGGCCCUGGUCUCACUGGUACACAGAGUGCGCCUCUUCUGCAGCAGAUCCUGAAGUGCCUUUAACCAAGGAGCGGUGACAUUUAAAGAACUAUGAUCUAUGCCUUGUACAUGACCCAACCCCGGGGUCACUGAUCAGGCAAUCAGUGCAGGGAGAGCUCAAUAAGGGAUAUACAAAAAAAACACUUAGGGAAGGUAAGUGCUGGGGAUGUGCGCUAAAACCAAACUUUUAUUAUCAUCAAAUAAAAUAUCUAAGUGUAUAAUAUCACAACACAAACUCUCUGUCACACCAGGGGCCCAGUUCGUAUUCCGCCACUCUGGGUGAUAUUUACUUAUCCACCAACGCGUUUAUACCAACAGAUCGGUGCUGGUUUCAUCAGGGGGUAGGUACUUAAGGCCAAAAUGGGCUUGGUUCUUAAGGGGUUAAGGACCAGACCAAUUUUAUUUUAGCAUUUUCGUUUUUUCCUCCUCGCCUUCUAAAAAUCAUAAUUCUCUUAUAUUUCCAUCCACAGACCCAUAUGAGGGCUUGUUUUUUUGCGUCACGAAUUGUACUUUGUAAUUACAUCACUUAUUUUACCAUAAAAUGUACGGCGCAACCAAACAGAUAUUAUGUGGGAAAAUUUGAAAAGAAAACCCUAAUUUAGCAAAUUUUGGAAGGUUUUGUUUUCACGCUGUACACUUUCCGGUAAAAAAUGACAUGUUUUCUUUAUUCUGUGGGUUAAUACGAUUAAAAUGAUCCCCAUGAUUAUAUUUAUAACUUACAGUAAAUUCGAUUCGUCACGAACUUCUCAGCUCGGCGGUCGA